AUGAUCCCUCUUACAACCAUCAAAGCCGCGAACGCGGCCCUAUCUACCCGCCUUCCCUCCCCUAUCUGUGUAUUCCUAGGAGGAACAACAGGUAUUGGGUACUUCACCCUUCAGAAACUUGUCGCAUCGACCGUCUCUCCAAAGGUCUACUAUAUCGGACGAACACCCGCCAAUGCCGAAGUUGUUCAGAAGAGACUUGAAGAGAUCAACCCUAAGGGGACCUAUAUAUUCGUGCAAUGCGAUAUCCUUGUCAUCAAAAACAUCAAUAAAGCGUGCGAGGAGAUCCUGCAGAAGGAGAAGGAAAUCAAUAUACUUUGGUUGAGCGCGGGCAUGUUCAGAAUUGGGUUUCCUGACACCCCAGACGGUCUCAACUUCAUGGCGGCAAUCUCCUACUUCGCUCACAUGAAAUUCGUCAUAAACCUCCUCCCACUCCUCAAAGCCUCCGCUGCAAACGGCCACUUCGCCCGUGUAAUCCGGAUCUUAGCAGGUGGCCUCGAAUGGGGAAUGGAUCCCAACGACCUUGAAAUGUCAAAGUCAUACUUCUUCACAUCCAGACUACACCACGUUACUUCAACUACAGUGGCACUGGAUUACCUUGCCAAAGAAAACCCGGAAAUAAGUUUUAUCCAUGCCUCUGCAGGGUCUGUAAAGACCGAGGGACAGGAUAUGCCGGGAGUUUUUGGGUUUCUGGUUAGGACCAUAUUGUGGGUUGCGGGGCGUUGGAUACUUACUCCGGCCGAUGAGAGCGGGGAAAGGAAUCUGUUCAAUGCGACUAGUGAGAUUUAUCCGGCAUCGAAAAAGGCAGAAGAAGCGAUAGCAUUACUAAGUGGAGAAGGGAAGGGAGAGGGGGAGGAUGUUGCGGUGGGGUUGGAUGGGAUUAAGGGGAGUGGUUGUUAUACCAUUCAUGCGAAUGGGACAGCAAAGAGUGGGAAGAAGGUCCUGCUAGAGUACAGGGAAACCGGGUUUGGGAAGAAGUUUUGGGAGCAUACACUAAGUGUUUACAAAAGGAUCGAGGAGGGUUAUGAACAGGAAGCUGGGACGGCUUAG